UAAUUAAGUCUGGAACCAAAACACACGAACGAUCUUCGAUGGCAAGAGAAGGAAACUCAGAUCCCAUCCCGAUCGACAUCAUUCUCGACAUACUUUCGAGAUCCUCUACUAAAGAAAUCGCUAGGUUUGGUCUCGCAUCCAAGUUCUGUGCAUCAAUACUUAACUCUCAAAAUUUCACCGAGUUGUUCCUGACCAGAUCCUUAACUUCUCAGCCACGUCUCUUAUUCGCCAUCAAAAACUCCGGUGACUGGUGCUUCUACUCGUCGCCUCAGCUCCAUAAUCUAGAUGAGAACCAUUCUCUUGUAGUAUCAGCCGACUUGCAUAUGCAGUUACCUGGAGACAUGGGAUCAGAGAUUUGUGGUCCUGUCUCUGGCUUGUUCUAUUUCCCUAAUAUGCGGAGAAGUGAAGUGCCGGUGAUAUGUAACCCUAGCACAGGACAGUACGCAAGAUUACCUCAAUUGAAAAGGAAAAGGGAUUCAAGAAGCUUAUUAGGUUAUGAUCCUAUUGGCAAAAGAUAUAAAGUAUCAAACAUAAGAAAUUCAAUUUAUGGAGCAUCUAAUGAAGAGGGACAUAUUAUGACAUUAGGAACUGGGAAAAUGUCAUGGAGAAAACUGCAUUGUCCGGAAAACCAUUAUCCUAUAGGGGAAGGGGUAUGCAUCGAUGGGGUUUUGUAUUACAUUGCUGGACAAGCAAAAGGUGUGAAGUUAGCUUGCUUUGAUGUUAGGAAUGAAAAUUUUAGGUUUCUUAAGACAGAUUCUAUUAUUAGGAAGUUAUUAGUUUCUUCUUCGUCUACUUCUUCGUCUACUAAAUUGAUAAAAUACAAGGGUAAAUUAGGUGUAAUUAGUUGGCGUUGGGAUAGUUACGUUUAUGGAAGAGCUAGGUUGUGUUUGCAGAUUCUAGAGGAUGCCCAGGAUCAAAAAUGGUUGGAACAUCGAUACACUUUUCCGGUGAAUAUUGUCGUUAAGGGAGAUGUUUCCGUCGUUGGAGUGACUGCUACUAAUGAAAUUAUUUUGUCCAUGGACUAUACAUCUAAAGCUUUCUUUGUUUUCUACUUCAAUCCCGAAAGGAGAACUCUUGAGAGAGUUAGAGUCCAAGGUUUUGAAGCGUUUGAGAAGCCUAAUAGAGUUUACACCUUUGUAGACUAUGCUGAGGAUUUCAAGUUUAUAACAGAGUCUAGCUAGUUUGCCUCUAAAUGGACAUUUUCAGCUACAUGUUUCAAUGUAAUUAAGCUCCAUAUUUUUUUGACAUGUCAUUUUUUUUUUCCAAGUUUUAUUCUCAAUGCCCUUAUUUUGUUGCACGUUACUUGAAAGCAAAACAAUGUUUUAGUUUUGUCCCACAUUAAUUGCAUUUUCAUGGAAUAUUCAUAGAACUUCUUGUUUCUUUGUAUAUG